GGGGAGCUAAUUGGUCACAUGAUCGUCAAAAUGGCGAAUUGUGUUUACGGAAUUGCGUUUUCUUCUGGUGAUUUCAGAAUUUAUGCGCUGUAUGUUUCCAGUUAAUUCGAAAAAUAUUAAUUUUAUUAAUCGAUCAUGAGCAGCCAAAUGGUGCCCAGCACGUCUGUUGCAACAAAUGACAGUGGCCGGCGGUGGUCAUUGGCUUACAUGGACGUCACGGAGCCACCGUCAGAGUUUAUUGUUCAUCAAGGGCAGACCAUCAAUCAGCUUGAUCUAAGCAACAAUCGAAUAUCAGACCUGCGGUUCCUGUCUGAAUUUCCAGCACUGACUACCUUAGUGCUGGACCACAAUCGCAUCUCAUCCCAUGUGAAAAUACCUAGAAUGCCACACCUCCAUACACUUUGGGUGAACCACAACCGCAUCAAAAACUUGGGCAUCUUUGUAUCCAUGCUGGCCUAUAGCUGUCCAAACCUGCAAUAUUUGUCAAUGAUGAAUAAUGAGGCAGCACCCAGUUUCUUCAAUGGUGGAACUUUCUCUCAGUAUCAAGAUUUUAGGCAUUUUGUAAUAAGUCGCCUACCAAAGCUACAAACUCUUGACUACAAAACUGUUACACAAGAGGAGAGAGAAGAAGCGGCAAGGAUUUAUGGUUCCACGAUCAGAAAGCAGCGUCGGAAAUCAUCAAAGAGUGAACGAAGCUCCCAGUCCUAAUUUUCAAAAACUGACUAUUGUUCUAUUACUCAGUAUAGCUUCCACACAUACUGCAUACAUUAUGGCCAGUCCAAAAGGUCACAUAUUCUUGAUUGGCAUAGAGUCACAGUUUGCAGUCCACAAUCACCACAUAAGCUUAUUCUUAAAUUAUUUAUAGUACCAUUUAUCCAUGGUUUUGUAGUCUGUACAGCUAAAUUUAUCAAGAAUCCUAAUUCUCUGAUAAAUUUUAGAACAAAUGUUUAUUAUACUGCAUUUUUAAAAAACUGGCUUUCAGGAAUAUUUCCCAUUAGGUAAAUAAUUUAUAUAAUUAGCAAGUUUAUUAGCACAAAAAGUGCUCGAUGUAACUUUACUUUUGAAUACAAAAAUGAACAAAUUUGUGUAAAUAUGAAUAUUUUGGUUGUAAUUAUAAGUCUGUGUGUUCUGUACUCAUUUGCAUUGUGCUACACUACAGGACUGCUGAGUACUGCAGGAAAAAAGUUAAAGAUUUUAAUGGACAACAUUGCAUGGACACCCUAAAAUGCUGUUGUUCAUUGAUAAAAUGAAAACAUCAUGCAAUAAUAUUCACAUGAAUAUGAACAUUUCUUUCACACUUUCUUCUAGAUACAUUAUGACAGUGAAACUUCAGUCCUUCAGUCAAACUACUUUUAACUGCUUUGCUGAAUGCUGCAAUGAAAAGUGCUUUGUGCAAGACGAAUGCCACUGUGAGCUCUUCGAUCACUGUGCAUCAAGACAUUCCACAUAUAUAUAUGAAGAAAACUUUUUUCCAAGGGGUGUUUUCUACUAUUUUGCUGUCUCUGUUAUGUUUUUGAUUCAUGCAAUGAAAGGGGUUCCAUGGAAGGUUUACCCAAUCAGUGCUAUAUGCAGUUAUUAGCAGGGUGAUUGGUUUUAAGAUUAUUUUAUGUAAUUUUGAAAUAAUGGCAUUAAAUCCACUGUUAUUCAAAAAAA